AGAAUAUACUACUCUCUUAGUGAUCUUCACAGACCACGAAUCCGGAGGUGAUCUUGUCAAAUAUUGAAGUUAGAAAACGACAAAGAGCCUACACUAGUGCCGGCGAGCAACAAACCUCGUUAAGAUGACGUCGACGUCAACCCUCGAUACGAAGAUACGAAACCUCACUCUACGAAAACUCACAAGAUAUCUGCACACUGGCAAAGAGAUACCCAAGUACUAUCCUGGAUGCUGGAUAUCCCACAAAUAUUUUGAAGCUGAUAAACUAACUGCGAUUGAUGUGGCUCUGGCAAAUAAACCAGAUGAUGUUGAAAUCGUGAAUAUUAUUGUAAAGGCUUAUAAAGAUGGUUGGUACACCAGAUUUGAGACCAUUGCCUUUGCUUUAGUAAAAUGUAUUCUUGUUGGUGAUUUUAUCAUAAAAGAAGCAAGUUACAAAGCAGCAACAGAAAUUUGUAGCACUCCCGAAGAAAUCAUGCAACUUAAUAAAUUCACCAGACUAUUGCGUACUGGAAACGGUCGUGGAUGGUGUAAGCACGUCCAGAACUGGUACAAGAGCAAAGACCCCAUGGAGCUAGCAAAGGAAAUGACCAGAGUAAGAGCCAAGUACGGCCGCUCACAUAAGACUCUGCUUCGAAAAUCACAUAUGAAAGUUGAUGAAAAUGAUCAUGCAAGAGAUGCAGUUGUCAAGUAUGCAAUUUUUGGAUUGAAGCGAGCAAAGAAUGUAUGUGGGAACGCGGAAGGCACCAAGGAGAUAUUUGAGUACAUCCAGAAAGUGGAGGACCUGCGGCACUGCGAGGACCCCGCGGUCGCGGCGCUGAUGGUGGCGCAAAAUCACUUCACUUUGGAUCAUGUUCCGGGGCAUCUCCUCACUGCACAAGAAGUCUGGAAUGCAGUUUUGCCGCAGUUAUCAUUGAGUCAAGUGCUGUACUACAUCCAACGUAUUCACAAUAUGGGUUUCCUCACCAAUGAUUCUGAGACAACUGCGAUUUUGGUCUCCCUAUUGAGUAAUCAGGACAUCAUCAAGAAAUCGAAAGUCACUCCGAUCGAGGUGUACAUCACUCUAUGCAACUAUAAGAAGAAGAGCAGACCAGCGACACACGAUAAAGUCAAGGUGGCCAUGGAGAGACAAAUCCGACGUCGCGCGCGUCAAACAUACGACUCUGACACCGAUAGCUGGGAGUGGAAUGUGGUCAAGCGUCAUCCUAAAGAACUGAAACAUUGGGGUAUCGAUUAUGCGCCCAGUCCCGCGGUGCUGGCCGCUUUGAACAAGCUGAUUGACCACACUUGGCUCCUCACACCACCAACCAAUCUGCGCUACCUCAUCACUCUGGACAUGAGACACCAUAUGUUUAAAGGUCGCCAUUUUUGUAAAAGCUAUGCAGUGAAGAAGAAGAGUAAGAAAGCGAAGACGAAGCCCGCGCCCAGUGAGACCGAUGAUGCUGAGGAAACUGAAACCAAGCCAGCAACCAGCAAGAAACACUUAGUCGCAGAGUGCUUUUACAACAAGAACGUCACACCCGGUCAUGCCGCGAUAAUAAUAGCAAUGCAGUUGCUGAAACGCGAGAAGGACGCGAAGCUAGCGGUGUUCACUGAAGAGGGGGUGCAGCUGGUCUCCAUCGAACGGAACUUCAGCAACAUUGACGAGGCUGAGUUCGUUCUAAGGAAAGCGAACUUGGGCCGAGUUCAGCUCGACGCGCCAAUCGAAUGGGCCUCAAAGACUAACCAGAAGUUUGACGUCUUCAUCAACAUGGUGGACCGCACCACUCGCUACACGGAGCUGGAAGCAUCAGCGCGCGGCGGCCGAGGCUCGGGGGGUCGAUACGGCCCUCCGCCGCCUCCCACUUCUGAGCUGGUCGACCACUGCCCCGUGAGGGCGCUCGAGCGAUAUAGGGCCAAGGCUGUGCGUAAAGCUAAGCUGAUCGUGAUGUCUCUGGCGUCGCACCGCGUGGCGACCACGGACGGCAGCCACGAGGGCGUGCUAGACAUCGUCGGCAUCGACGAGCACGUUCCCAAGCUUAUUGACGCGUUCGCGCUUGGCCAGUUCGAGUAAUUCCCGCCUCUUUAGUUGUUCACUAUAACGUCUAAGGUUGAAAUCUGUAGAGCGUACUUUGACUUUGCUCAAACUUUUUUUUUUUUUUUCUCUCUCUCUUCAGGCUUUACAAAAAUU